AUGGCGGCGCCCAUGGUGACUGGCCCGGCAGUGUUCGUCUAAGGUGGGAAGCGAGGAAUAAGGAGCCGCAGGCCAGAGCCUGUGAGCAGGGCCUUCCUGCCUUUUGAAGAAUGGCUCCUUCUUGGCAGAGAUUGGGUUUAUAUGCCUCUCUUCUGAAAAGGCAGCUAAUUGAUGGGCCAGAUGUUAUCACGUGGGGAAGGAGAGCGAUUCCAGGAUGUUCCAGAGGUAUUUACAGUGCCACAGGAAAGUGGACCAAAGAGUAUACGCUGCAGACAAGAAAGGAUGUGGAGAAGUGGUGGCAUCAACGAAUAAAAGAACAGGGCUCCAAAAUUUCAGAAGCUGAUAAAUCAAAGCCCAAGUUUUACAUGCUUUCCAUGUUCCCUUAUCCUUCCGGCAAGCUGCACAUGGGCCACGUGCGUGUGUACACCAUCAGUGACACCAUUGCACGCUUCCAGAAGAUGAGAGGGAUGCAGGUUAUCAAUCCUAUGGGAUGGGAUGCAUUUGGAUUACCUGCUGAAAAUGCUGCGAUUGAGAGGAAUCUGCAUCCAGAAAGUUGGACCCAAAGUAAUAUUAGGCACAUGAGGAAACAGCUUGAUCGCCUGGGCCUGUGUUUCAGCUGGGACAGAGAAAUAACUACGUGUUUACCAGAUUACUACAAAUGGACUCAGUAUCUCUUUAUUAAACUCUAUGAAGCUGGACUGGCCUAUCAGAAGGAGGCCUUGGUUAACUGGGACCCAGUGGAUCAAACAGUGCUUGCCAAUGAGCAGGUGGAUGAACACGGCUGUUCCUGGCGUUCUGGAGCAAAGGUGGAACAGAAGUACCUCAGACAGUGGUUUAUUAAGACAACUGCUUAUGCAAAGGCCAUGCAGGACUCGCUGGCAGACCUUCCGGAAUGGUACGGAAUAAAAAGCAUGCAGGCCCACUGGAUCGGGGACUGUGUGGGCUGCCAUCUGGACUUCACGUUAAAGGUUGAUGGGCAAGUCACAGGAGAAAAGCUGAGUGCCUACACGGCCACCCCUGAGGCCAUUUACGGUGCCUCCCACGUGGCCAUCUCUCCCAGCCACAGACUCUUACACGGGUGCAGCUCUCUGAAGGAAGCCUUUCGGAAGGCGCUUGUCCCUGGCAAAGAUUGUCUCACACCCGUGACGGCUGUGAACAUGCUCACCCAGCAGGAAGUCCCUGUUGUCAUCUUGGCCAAAGCUGACUUUGAGGGCUCUCUGGAUGCAAAAAUAGGAAUUCCCAGCACCAGCUUAGAGGACACCGUCUUAGCCCAAACCCUGGGUCUGUCCUACUCUGAAGUCAUUGAAACGAUGUCAGAUGGCACAGAGAGACUGAGCAGUUCUGCGGAGUUCACAGGUAUGAACCGGCGGGAUGCGUUUUUAGCCCUGACUCAGAAAGCCCGGAGGAAGAGAGUGGGCGGAGACGUGACAAGUAAUAAACUGAAGGACUGGCUGAUCUCGAGGCAGCGGUACUGGGGCACGCCCAUCCCCAUGGUCCACUGCCCAGCCUGUGGGCCCGUGCCCGUGCCUCUGGAGGACUUGCCCGUGACAUUACCCAGCAUCACCUCUUUCACCGGCAAGGGAGGCUCCCCGCUGGCCUCGGCCUCGGAGUGGGUGAACUGCUCCUGCCCUAGGUGCAAAGGAACAGCCACGAGAGAGAUAGACACAAUGGAUACCUUUGUCGAUUCUGCUUGGUACUACUUCAGAUAUACCGACCCUCAGAAUACUCAGAGCCCUUUCAGCACCGCGUUGGCAGAUUACUGGAUGCCUGUGGAUUUGUACAUUGGAGGGAAAGAACACGCCGUCAUGCACUUGUUCUAUGCAAGAUUCUUUAGUCAUUUUUGCCACGAUCAGAAAAUGGUCAGACACAGAGAGCCUUUUCAUAAACUGCUGGCCCAAGGCCUUAUCAAGGGGCAGACAUUCCGCCUACCAUCCGGACAGUAUCUGCAGCGAGAGGAAGUAGAUCUCACAGGUUCUGUUCCUGUUCAUGCAAACACAAGGGAGAAGUUAGAGGUGACUUGGGAGAAGAUGAGCAAAUCCAAGCACAACGGCGUGGAUCCUGAGGACGUUGUGGAGCAGUACGGCAUUGACACCAUCCGGCUCUACAUCCUUUUCGCCGCCCCUCCUGAGAAGGAUAUCUUGUGGGACGUGAAGACCGAUGCUCUCCCUGGGGUGCUGAGAUGGCAGCAGCGUCUCUGGUCCUUGGCAACUCGAUUUAUCGAGGCCAGGGUUUCUGGGAAGGUUCCCAGGCCUCAGAUGUUGAGUAACGAGGAGAAAGCCGAAGCCAGGAAGCUGUGGGAGUACAAGAACUUGGUCAUCUCUCAGGUGACUGCCCAUUUCACAGAGGACUUCUCGCUGAAUUCUGUGAUUUCUCAGCUGAUGGGACUCAGCAGUGCCCUCUUGCAAGCGUCGCAGGGAGUUGUUCUCCACAGCCCCGAGUUCGAGGAUGCUCUGUGUGCCCUGAUGGUGAUGGCUGCUCCCAUGGCCCCUCACAUAACCUCGGAGCUCUGGGCAGGCCUGGCACUGGUGCCGAAGAAGCUGUGUACCCACUAUGCCUGGGACACCAGUGUGCUGCUUCAGGCCUGGCCAGCUGUGGACCCGCAGUUCCUCCAGCAGCCCGAUGUCGUACAGAUGGCGGUUCUGAUCAACAACAAAGCCUGCGGCAAAAUCCCUGUGCCCCAGCAAGUUGCCCAGGACCAGGACAAAGUUCACGAACUGGUUCUCCAAAGCGAGCUGGGUGUCCGGCUCUUACAGGGGCGAAGCAUCAAGAAAGCCUUCCUCUCCCCCCGAACUGCCCUCAUCAACUUCCUGGUGCAGGAGUGACUGCAGGGACACUGUGGCUGCCACGAGGGCUUGAGGCACCUCCUCCAGGUCUGGGAUGAAGGAAGGAGUCUGGGGCCCAGGGGCAGGGAAAAGCCCAAUGUCUUGAAUGUCUGCCUUUGUCAUUUGACGCACUGGUGUCAUUGGGGUGCCUCUGUGGUGUGGCCUGUUGCAGGGUUGAGGGUGGGUGAGGGCAGAGGAGAAAUAUGAGUGAGGCGGGGUGGGGAGCCUGUGCCUUCCUCCACCAUCGCAGGUGGAGGAAGCAUCUACUCCACAUGAAGCCACCAGAGAUUCGGCUGCGUAGGAGUGGGAAGGUGGAAAGAGAAGCAAGUGAGGAUGGGCACGAAGCCUCUCCAGCAACCCAGGAGCUCCUGGACCCCAGAAACUGUGCUGCCUUAGGCAGGUCUCCGGAACGUGGGGCUAACCUGAGCAAGCACAGGGGCUCAGGAGCGGCGCGGGCAGUCACUGUAGGACGGGUGGCAGAGCCUCAGCGUCAUGCUGGGUGGUCUCCCGCCUUCAGGCUAGGUGGAGAAGCCAUUUGGGUCGUGUCCAAAUAUCCAUAUGUGGAAUGGACACUGGGGUCUUCAGAAGUUGCUCAGGGGAAUUCCCUGGCGGUCCAGUGAUUAGGACUCGGAGCUUUCGCUGCCAUGGGCCAGGGUUCAGUCUCUGGUCGAGGAACUAAGAUCCUGUGCAGCUGGUGCAGUCAAAAAAAAAGAAGUUGCUGAGAAUCAAAAGGCAAGCAGGACUAGGGUGGCUGCCAGCCCUCCCACCACUCCUCAGCCCUGCCAGGCUGGCUGUUUCCGCCCAGCCCAGCUGGACCCGCCUGCCGGGCCUGCCCUGAUCCUGGUACUCAGGCUCUUGGACGCAGCACCACUCUUCACUGUGAAUGGUGAGCAGGGCUUCUCAACCACUCCCUCAGGGUGGAAAAUUUGCUGUGAAGUGAAGCGGAACCAAGCUGGUUGCAGCCUUGGUUGGAACCAACCUCAGCCUGCUGCAGCUCAACAAAGCAUCUGCUCAUGUGCGCCACAGAUGCUGAUGCUGCCGUGGAUGUGGCCGCAGAGCCAGCCAUUAGGAGAAGCAAGUCCACCCCAGGCGGCGGGACUCAUGCCACCCAGGCGUCUCCUCCUGUGCUCGAGCCACAGCAAUCGGCUUCCGGGGAGACCCGGUGUCAUUGUAUAUUAGGGUGAUCCGGGGUUUUGGUGAAGUGAGCCAUCAGGUGCUCUUACCAGAACUGGCCUAAGCCACUGGUUACUGUUUAAUAGGGGGAGGGGGUGGAGGAGGAGAAUCUAGCCAUUUUGUGACACUGAAAAUCUGUAUUUGUUCUCUGGUGCCUUCUUCUGAAGUAGCCUCAGAUGUGGUCCCUUGCAGUUGAGCAGUUAACAGAUGACUCUUUUUAAUGGAAUAA